GCCACACGCCCUGCCCUGCCCACCCAGCUGCUCACACUCCUGGGGCUCUGCUCGGAGGCAUCAGGGACGGAAUCAGGGACGGAAUCCUCGCCGGGACAAUGGAGCGCUCGAACAAGAUGGAGUUUUUCCAGAAGCUGGGCUACAGCAGGGAGGACGUGGUCAGGGUGCUGGACAAGCUGGGUGAGGGCGCCCUGGUCAAUGACAUACUGCAGGAGCUGAUCCAGAUGGGCAGCCGCCACGGGCCUCGCGAGGCCAGCACCGUGCCCCUGCUUGUUCCCAGGGGCUCCUGUGGAACCCUGGACUCUGCCCAGCACAGGCUGAGGAUGGACCUGGAAGAGGAGUGUGGAAACCCGGCCAGUCUCCUGCGACCCAUAGUGAUCGACGGCAGCAACGUGGCAAUGAGCCAUGGAAAUAAAGAAGCCUUCUCUUGCCGGGGAAUCCAGCUGGCUGUGGACUGGUUCAGGGACAGAGGACACACCUACAUCAAAGUUUUUGUCCCAUCCUGGAGGAAAGAACCACCAAGAUCUGACACUCCUAUUAGAGAGCAGCACGUGCUGGAGGAGCUGGAGCGGCAGGCCGUGCUGGUCUACACGCCGUCCCGCAAGGUGAGCGGCCGGCGGGUGGUCUGCUACGACGACCGCUACAUCGUGAAGGUGGCCAUCGCGCAGGACGGCGUCAUCGUCUCCAACGACAACUACCGGGACCUGCAGAGCGAGAACCCCGAGUGGAAGUGGUUCAUCGAGCAGCGGCUGCUCAUGUUCUCCUUUGUCAACGACCGGUUCAUGCCUCCUGAUGACCCCCUGGGCCGCCGGGGACCCACCCUGAGCAACUUUCUGAGCAAGAAACCCAAGCCCCCUGAGCCGUCCUGGCAGCACUGCCCCUACGGCAAGAAGUGCACCUACGGCAUCAAGUGCAAGUUCUACCACCCCGAGAGGCCGCGCCAGACGCAGCUGGCCGUGGCAGACGAGCUCCGCGCGCAGACGCGGGCCUGGCGGGGCGCGGGCGGCGAGCCGGGGCGGCCCAGGGCCGGGCGGGACCCCGCGGGGCGGGAGCCGGGGUGCUCCCCCGCCGCCGCCUGGCCCGGCCCGCGCGAGCCCGGCGCGCCCAGCCUGCCCCCGGCCCGGGGCGCGGCGGCCGUGGCGGCCCUGGAAGGUCGCUUCUCGCGGCUGCAGUUCGGCGACCACCCGGGGCUCCUCGCGGCGCCCCCCUCGGGUGCCGGCUGCCGCCUCGCGCCGGGGCCGCUCCGUCCCGACUGGGCGGCGCCCGCGGCCCCGCCGUCCCCGGCCUCCGGGUCGGGCCUGCAGGGCGGGUACCGCCCGGGGGACGCGCAGGACGACCUGCGCCCCCAGGCCCGGCAGCCCGACCAUCCCUGGGCGCCCGCAGAGGGGCCAGGGGGGUUCCCGCCGCGCCCCGCCGCCUGGGCGGACUCCGGCUGGGCCCACCGAGCCUUAAGGGGCCCGUCGACCGUCGAGGCCCAGGAGGGGGGCGCGCGGGCACCGCCCCACGCCGCGCGCCGCAGCCUCUUCGCGCCCCACCAGGUCUCCAGGCCCGUCCUGCUGCGGAGAUGCCAAAGGCCUGGCGCGCCCGUGGGAGAGCCCUAA